GCAGAAUCACUUAAGUAUCAAAGCAGGAGCCCAAACUCUUAUCUUCGUCGAAGUUUCUUCCUCCACUUUUCGGGUUAAAUUACCGUUAUAUCUGACAAGAUGCCCUCUGCUCAAGAUCCAUUUUAUGUAGUGAAAGAGGAGAUUCAAGAUUCUAUCGAUAAGUUGCAGUCUACUUUUCACCAAUGGGAACGCAUCCCAUCUGAUACUGGAGAGCAAGUACAUCUCACGAAGGAACUGCUUGCUGCUUGCGACAGCAUUGAGUGGCAGGUGGAUGAAUUGGACAAAGCAAUUUCUGUUGCAGCUAGGGAUCCAUCUUGGUAUGGCAUUGAUGAAGUGGAACUUGAAAAGCGAAGAAGAUGGACCAGCACUGCUCGUACUCAGGUGAGCACCAUGAAGAGAGCAGUAGAAGCUGGAAAGGAGUUAGGCACUAGUAGUGUGAGUGGAAUGCGCCGAGAACUAUUGAGGUUGCCAGAUUCGCACCAGGCAGGUAGAUCUAACCGCUACAGUGCCCAAGACAAUGAUGACCUCAUAGCAUCGGAAUCGGACAGACAGAUGCUUCUGAUAAAGCAGCAGGAUGAGGAAUUAGAUGAACUUAGUGCUAGUGUGCAGAGAAUCGGAGGCGUUGGGCUUACUAUACAUGAGGAGCUCCUUGCACAGGAUAAAAUUAUAGAUGAACUGGGUAUGGAAAUGGACAGUACAUCAAAUCGUCUUGAUUUUGUUCAGAAAAAGUUGGCUUUGGUUAUGAAAAAGGCUGGUGCAAAGGGCCAGAUUAUGAUGAUACUGUUUUUGGUGGUUUUGUUUAUCAUCUUGUUCGUUCUGGUCUUCUUCACUUAGGCUAUAGAAUGAAACACCUUUGUUAUGAAUGUUUAUACACGGGGAGACUUCGAAAGAGCUAUAAGAGACUCCUUUGUAGAGAGAGAGAGAGGAGCUUUGGGACUGUCAAGAAUAGAUGGGAUUGAUAUGAUUCGAUUGGUUAUCUGAUUUAUUGAGUUAAAAAGACACGGGACCAAAUGAGGAAUCCACCUUUUUUGUUCUUUGCAAUUUCUUGAGUUGAAAAGAAUCUGUUGUUGAA